AAUUCAACAGACGUGUUUCUCUCUAGUUCGAAAUCGAAAAUUCGGUGAAAUAAAAAAAAAAGAAUCAUUUUAAAAAUUAAUAACUGAAGACUACUAAGAAAUCAAUUUGUGAUGUUACCACCAAACAUAAAUAUAUCGCCAGUAAAUAAUUGGUCCCUAUCAAACGUGAUAAAGAAAAGAGUUUUCAUUUAUCUUGUUUUUCUUGCGAUCGUUGGUUGUAUUUUAUGGUAAUUAUUACAUAACAAACCGGCGAAGGCGGUUCAAUAUUCAAAUACAAAUAAAAUUUCAGGAGUUCAAAAAAACCAUCAUCGACAAAGUUCAGCGAUGAAAAUGUCGUGAUAAAACCUAGAGAGAAACCGUGGUUCUAUAAAGACAUGAUGCGAAGAUAAUGCCGUGGCAAGAUCCAAGUGAUCGCUAUGAAAAGCAGUUGAUGUUCAUUCCACCAAACUAUGAUGAGAAAAAGGUGAAGAAAAAGAAAACGAUUUUACUUUAUGGUGAAUAUCAAGGACCGGUUGAUUGGUUUAAAAAUAGAAAGUGUCCAGUUAAUCGAUGUAGAAUAACACGGAAUCGCAAGGAAGCAAAUACGGCUGAUUUGGUCAGUUUUCGCAGUCAAUAUGUUGCGACGAAUUUAACCAAACAACCACAUCAAGUUUACGCAUUUUAUAGACUCGAGACUCCAUAUAAUUGGCCAAGAAGAUUCACAAAAUCAAUCAUUUAUAAUUGGACAAUAACAUAUACAUAGGCUUGACAGUACGAUUGUAAUCCCUUACUAUAAAUGGCUAUAUUUCGAUCCAAAAAUCAAACAAAUGAAACAAACUCGAAACUAUGCCCAGAAUAAGACGAAAAAAGUCGCUUGGAUUGUAUCCAACUGUGAAGCAGAAAAUGAUCGACAGAUAUACGCUGAGACACUCCAGAAAUACAUUGAUGUUGACAUAUACGGUAGAUGUGGAACGAAAAAUUGUUCCAAAAAGAGAGAAUGGAACAAAGAUUCAUCAUCGUGUCUAGAUCUCAUAUCAAAAGAAUAUAAAUUCUAUUUAUCAUUUGAAAAUUCGAAUUGUUGGGAUUACAUCACUGAAAAAGCGUAUCGCAAUGCAUUAAGUCAUGAUGCGAUACCAAUUGUAUUGGGCGCUCGUCGUGAAGAUUACGAAAGACAACUUCCAUUAAAUUCGUUCAUUUAUGUCGAAGACUUUGCAACGGUUAAGGAUUUAGCCGACUAUUUACACAAAGUCGAUCAAGACGAUGAUCUUUAUAAUUCAUAUUUUCAGUGGAAGGGAACCGGCGAGUUACUAGAAAAAUUCGAACAUCUUUGGUGUCGUGUGUGUGCAUUACUUCACGAUGAAUAUACGAUGAACACUCCACAUUGGUAUGAAGACAUAAAUAAAUGGUGGUUCGAUCCGAAAACAAUGCGAAGGGGAUUUUGGCGUGAUAUCAAUUGAUUUUGAUUAAAAAAGACGACCAAAAUGAGCUAAUUCUUCAUGUAAUUCUCUCUUGAGAAAAAUAUAGAAAUUGUUAAAAUUGUAUAAAAUUUUUAUCCAUAAACGAAGAUUAUUAUUCUCUUUUAUUAUUGUA